UCUCCCUCUCCUCUCUCUCUGCACCCAUCUCCCUCCAUUAUUGUCAUUGAAGAAAACCCAAUUCAGGUUUUUCUUAUGAAAUUGAAUAACCCUUUUUUGUCUAGAUUAUUCAAUUUACAGCCAAAUUCGAAUUGAAUAGAUUGAUAUUCCUCCAUUGUUGUAUUUGAAGAAAACCCAAGACAACAAUUUGUUUUCUUUUCAUGGGUGUUAUCUAAGAAUCUACCUCCUGUAUAUACUCUACUGGUCGCGGAAUCCGAUACCCACCGGAAUCCGCCAUGGAAGAUGAAUAGAUUCAUCCCUACUCAUUCCUCCAAGUUCCGCCCUUUCCGGCGCCACGCCUCUUCCCCCACCACCGCUCCAGGAACUGUCACAGCAACUGGAACCCUCCACCCUCUCCACAUCCUAUGGCGUUACCAGAUCCUCGACCCAGACAGCCACAUUGUCUCCUAUUGGAACCACGUUUUCCUGGUGACUUGCCUUAUAGCCCUCUUCAUCGAUCCUCUCUACUUCUUCCUUCCUUAUGCUGGGGGUCCUGCCUGUCUCGCCACGGACACCCAUCUCGGUGUGUUGAUCACCUUCUUUAGGACUGUUGCCGACCUAUUUUAUGUCUUGCAUAUCGUGAUUAAGUUCAGGACAGCAUUUGUGGCGCCGAGUUCUCGGGUGUUUGGGAGAGGAGAGCUGGUUAUGGAUUCAAGAGAGAUCUCCAAGCGGUAUCUCAAGUCAGAUUUUGUGGUUGAUCUUGCUGCCGCACUUCCCUUGCCUCAGAUUGUCAUCUGGUUAGUGAUUCCAGCCACAAAAAAUUCAAGAUCUGAUCAUGCCAACAACACUCUCGCUCUCAUGGUCCUUAUUCAAUACAUUCCUAGAUUGAUUGUUGUCUUCCCACUGAAUAGCCAGAUUAUAAAAUCUACUGGGCUUAUUGCUAGAACUGCUUGGGCAGGAGCUGCGUACAAUCUUAUCCUUUAUAUGCUUGCUAGUCAUGUUUUAGGAGCUACAUGGUAUCUGUUGUCCAUAGGCCGGCAAUUCUCCUGCUGGAAAAAGGAAUGUUCAAGAGAGAAUGCUUCGCAUCUUUUCACCUGCAUUCCGAGUUUUUUAGAUUGUAAUAGCUUGGCAGUCCCUGAACGGCAAUACUGGCUGAAUGUUACUCGCGUUGUUAGCCGUUGUGAUCCAAAGAACGAUGAUAUUGUUUUUAGGUUUGGAAUGUUUGCAGAUGCUUUCAUCAAUGAUGUUGCUUCCUCUCGUUUUAUUGCAAAGUACCUAUAUUGCCUCUGGUGGGGUUUAAGGAAUCUAAGUUCAUAUGGACAAACUUUACAGACAACUAUUUACUUGGGAGAGACAUUAUUUGCCAUUCUUACAUGUAUUGCUGGUCUAAUACUGUUUUCACAGUUGAUUGGCAACAUGCAGACCUAUUUGCAAUCUAUGACUGUAAGACUUGAAGAAUGGAGGAUUAAGCGGAGAGAUACCGAGGAGUGGAUGAGGCACCGCCAGUUACCUCUGGAUUUACAAGAACGUGUUAGACGUUUUGUUCAGUACAAAUGGCUAGCCACAAGAGGAGUUAACGAAGAAUCUAUAUUGCGUUCCUUGCCAAUGGAUCUCCGGCGUGAAAUCCAGCGCCACUUAAGUCUUGGCCUCGUUCGCCGGGUCCCCUUCUUCUCACAAAUGGAUGACCAGCUUCUUGAUGCCAUAUGUGAACGGCUUGUCUCAUCUUUGAGUACCCAAGGCACGUAUAUUGUCCAAGAGGGUGAUCUAGUGAACGAGAUGUUGUUCAUCAUUAGAGGGCAAUUGGAGAGCUCUACGACGAAUGGAGGAAGGGCUGGGUUCUUCAGCUCCAUUAUCCUUAGACCAGGUGACUUUUGUGGUGAGGAACUGCUGACCUGGGCUUUAGUGCCAAACUCAAGCCUCAGCCUGCCUUCAUCAACUCAAACUGUACGAGCACUUACUGAAGUCGAAGCCUUUGCACUUCGAGCUGAAGACCUUAAAUUUGUUGCCCAUCAGUUCAAGCGGCUUCAAAGCAAGAAACUCCAGCACGCCUUUCGAAACUAUUCGCAUCAAUGGAGGACAUGGGGUGCCUGCUUUAUACAAUCUGCUUGGAGAAGAUUCAAGAAAAAAAAGCUGGCGAAAGAGUUGGCUAGACACGAGAGCUCUGGCUACUUGUCAAUCCCUGAUGAGGAUAUCUACUAUAACACUGAGGUUGGCUCUGGAUUUUAUGAGGACGAGGGUGGUGAGGGUUCAUCUGCGGAUGUAAACAAUGCCCAGCACCUGGGAGCAACAAUUUUGGCUUCGAAAUUUGCUGCAAAUACUAGAAGAGGGGCUCACCAAAAACCUCCGGUUGUGGAUACUGCUUCUACCAGCCUAAAGAUGCCAAAAUUGUUCAAGCCAGAGGAACCUGAUUUUUCUUUAGAUUGAGAGGAAGUUUAGCUCGAAAACUCGUAUUGAACCAAUGAGCAUAGUUAGGACAAUUCUGUAACGUUUAUGUAAAUUUAUACUGGUAGAGUAGCGGAUAUAGCGCAUUCUUAUGCUUUGAAAUCAAGUUCGUCGAUGGAAAGAGUUUAUUUUGCUUCCUGUGCACUAACAAUGUUUUCUCAUGAACAUAACAGG